AGCUUUGGCCUAGCUCGGUGCAGCCGUGAAGGCCCGACCUUUGCCCUAAAACAGCAUCCGAGGUGGCAGCACAUGAACCUGAUAAUACCCGGGAUGUUAAUUCCAUGACAGGGGAUGAUCAUUUUAGAGGUGAGCACACUCUCCACCCAGCUAGACGCCGGCCACCCACCCACACACGCACAGAGAGGUAGAGGGAGGGAAGAUGUAAGCCUGUUCAUCAGCGGAGGCGCUCUGGUCCAGUACAUACCACCGGCUGCACGGCGUACGUAGCUGAGCCAUGGAGGGAGCUCCCGUGACCGCAGCCACGGGGGUCUUGGGGCCCGUCUUAGAGAAGCUGGGCGCUUUGCUGGGCAGCGAGUACAAGCUUCCGCACCGGACUCGGAACGACAUCAAGUUCAUCAAAUCCAACCUCCAGACUGUGCACUCUAUCCUUUGGGCGAUAUGGGAGAAGGAGAUCCUUGAUGCCGAAUCCAAGCACCUGAAGAAGAAAGCCCUGGAUCUCGCUGCCGAUAUGGACGAUGCUGUCGACGACUUCAUCCUCACCAUGGAGCGCAGCAGCAGAAACAAGCACUUGAUGGCGCAGAUCAAGAUUGAAGCAAGCCCCUUCCAAGGUUUGAAGACAAGGGUAGAUGACGUGUCAGACCGGUGCUGCACAAAGUGGAAGUGGGAGAAGAACAAGUGUGCUGAACCCAUCCCCAGCAAACCACCUCCUCGAGCUCCAUUUGUCCGCAAGGAUACGUCAGAGAUCAUUGGUAUGGGCAGAUGGAGGGAUGACCUCAUCAGACACCUGGUACGAGGAGGAGGAGCAGAAGCACAAGCAGAAGAAGCGGAAGCAGUAAACUCAAAAGAAUCAGAAGAAGAGCGCACAAUGGUGCAGCCGCAGCUCAAAAUAGCAACCAUUGUUGGAAUGGCCGGUGUGGGUAAAACAACCCUUGCCCGCCUUGUGUAUGAAGAGAUUGAAAGUAAGUUCCAGUCCCGGGCUUUUGUGUCUGUCACUCCAAGCCCUGUCAUGAAGGAGGUUCUCACAAGUAUUCUCCAACAAGUAGAAGAUGAACCACUUGUUGGCGCUCAAUCAAGGACAGAGAAAGAUAUCAUCCAUACCAUAUCGAAUUCCCUGAAGGACAAAAGGUACCUAGUAAUAAUUGAUGACAUAUGGCAUCAUGGAGAAUGGAACAUCAUCCGCAAGUCUUUUCCAGAAAAUAAUCUGGGCAGUAGAAUUAUUAUCACAACUCGUAUUGAAUCUGAACGUGUACCAGGAUAUGAUUUGGAGAAUAACAAUCUCUACAUCAGAAUGAAUCCUGAAUGGAGUUCCGAACAGGAAAGAUGGGUCUACGGGCUUGAUAAGGAAAAUGUCGCCGCUCAGAUGAAGCCUGACCUGGUCAGAGAAGGUUUUGACUGUGACCAUCCUAUUGUGCGCAUGUGUGGUGGUGUGCCGUUGGCACUGCUUUGCAUGUUUUCAGCAAUGGCAAUAGUCCGAGAGCAACAAGAACAACAAGGGGUACAUGUAACGGCACAUGAUGUGCAAGUUAUGAUUGAGAAGCAAGUUAAGCGAAGUGGAAUUCAGAACACUCCGGGGUUUCAACCGUUGGCAGAGGGCCUGCAGAUUGGCUAUGACGAUCUUCCUCACCAUAUGUUGAAGACCUGCUUAUUGUACUGCGGUAUAUACCCCAAGAAUUACCGUUUUGACGGGAAUCAUUUGGUCAGGCAAUGGGCCGCUGAAGGAUUUACUUAUAAAGAGGAUGAGGCAAAAGAUUAUUUGGUAAAGCUUGACGGGAGGGGAUUUAUGCUGCGCAACGGUUACAACGCCUACAGAAUGAAUCCGAUGAUGCGAAAUUUCCUUCGAUGGAAAUCGCGUGAAGAUAAUUUCAUUACUUGCAGUUCCGACAUCACAUCGGCAUAUGCAAGUCCAGUCCAUCGGCUAUGUAUUGACGAUCAUCAAGAUGAUGAUGGUGCAGUGGAGGUAGCGGAUCCGUUCUCUGGAUUAGAUUGGUCCCAGAUUCGAUCUCUUGUUGUUUUUGAAGGUGCUGGGAGAUAUGUCCCUUUUGAGAAGUUGAUCUGUGUGCGAGUUUUGGAUUUUCUAUUCACAAGAUUAGGUUUUCUUAGGAAUGAUCAUGUGAAGGAUAUAUGUGGACUGUUCCGUGUGAGGCACCUAUUCGGCCUAGAAGGGACAGGAAUUAGCGAGAUACCACCUGAAAUAGCGAAGCUGCAACAUCUAGAGACUUUGCAGGUAAGGCACACAUGGAUCAGAGAGCUACCCGGUGAGAUCGGAGAACUGCAGCAAUUAAAGACUCUUGAUGUGAGCAGGAACAGGGAGCUCAUAGAUCUUCCCAGGGAGGUCGGAGAACUGCAGAAUUUGAAGCGACUGCUCUUGAUGUAUACAAAGGUGGUGACGAUGCCUGCAGGAAUCUGGGGAUUGAAGAAUCUGAAGAUUUUGGAAGUAGAUGAUAUUAUCGAUACAAUACCCUGGGAAGCUGGUGGACAGCUUCCAAAACUGGAGGCAGUGCCCGAGUGUAUCCGCCAAGCUUGGAAGAAUAGUGAUAUUUUGUCUGAGUUAGCUGGGGAGAUCUUGUCCAUUAAAUUAUAUGUUUCAGGCGUUUCUAGAGAAGGCCUAAUCAUUAGCACAAAACACAUGCAUAUUCCACGGUGGAUCAAACAUCACUUCAACGACCUUCGCUACUUGGAUAUCAUGAUCUGCAAACUUGAGGAGCAGGAUCUCGAGAUUCUGAGGGAGAUGUCCAAACUAUACGAUCUCACGCUAAGAUUUCAGGUCGUCCCAAGACAGCCCAUAGCCAUCAGCGGUGAAGGGUUCCGAUGGCUCGAGACACUCGUUGUUGACAGCCGCACGCCACCGGUAAUCACCUUCCAGGAAGGAGCGAUGCCGCGUCUGGUAAUCCUCAGCUUCGAGUUUCAGUUCAACGGUGGCCCACCUGCAAAUAGAGACCCUCUGGGUAUCAAACACCUCCUGCGCCUCUCGUCGGUCGAAUUCAGAUGCAACCAGGAAUGGUAUGGACGAGCAGAGAGCAUCCCGAGCAUGAGCGUGAUGAUUGACGUUGUGAGGAAAGAAGCCCAGGAGCAUCCCAACAAGAUCCGCUUUCGUGUCACUGGCCGCGAGGAAGAGACUUUUCCGGCGAACAAGAGCGCCCAGGUUCCAGAUGCUUCCAGCUGUGGGAGUAGCGCCAUGAAGGACGAGAUCCUGGAAGCAUGAUUGAUUUCUUGGCGAGUAUUUAUUGGCAAAACACACGACCAAGCAGGAUGGUUAUUUCAUCGUCACCACUACCUGAAUCUGCAACUACUGCUAUUCUUCUUCAGGCUUCCUUCCAUGCCUUCAAAAUCUUGUAUCGCCGCCGCGCGAAAUGUGGGCAUAAGAUUUGGCCACAUGUAUCUUGUUAUACUUGUUAGCUCUGCGCCUGUAUCUCUAUCUGCAAGUGUGCAACAUGUAUUUUCGUCUUUUAAUCUAGUAUUUACAAUCCAAACAAGUAUGCACUUAAUUGUUAGUACCAAAACUCUGUUGUUAUGAAGAUUUGUUUGUAAUCCAAGAUGAAUUUAUUACCAA